AUUUUGAGAAGCGACCGGAAGCUAUUGGAUAUGGUUGAAAACAAUUGGAAGAUACGCGUUUAGUACAACCCAAUGACCCAUCAAAGAAAUGCAUAUAAGUUCUCCAAACUCCCAAAUAUUAGUUCGUUGCGAUCCUCACAAUGCAGUGGUGCGCUAAAUAUGACAAGCACAAACGUUAAAGAUUCGGCCAUUGUUAUUGUUUUGACAUGUAUAUAACGCAAAUAUUUUACAAGGAAGUUCCACGCCCAGAAUUAAGCGUUUGACAAAAAGAUGUUUGACUUUGAAAGAGAUUGGAGUGUUUCUUUCGCUGGCUGUGGGUUUUUGGGGAUUUAUUACGUCGGGCUUGUUAGCUGUUUUUUGGAACGUGCCCCCUUUCUCCUGAAGGAAGCGAGGAAGAUGUACGGCGCUUCUUCGGGGGCGUUAAUAGCCACAGUUUUAAUCCUCGGACUGCCCUUGGUGAAUUGCUGUGAGGAUUUAAUGGCGAUGGCUAAAGCGGCCAGGAGACGGAGCCUGGGCCCCCUGCACCCGAGCUGCGACCUGGAGAAGAUCGUCAGAGACUCGCUGAACCGCGACCUGCCCGCGGACGCGCACGUCAGGGCCUCCGGUCGCCUGUGUGUGUCCCUCACGCGCAUGUCCGACGGACAGAACGUGCUGCUGUCCGAGUUCGUCACCAGGCAGGAACUAAUCCAGGCCCUGGUGUGCAGCUGCUUUGUUCCAGGAUACUUUGGUCUGAUCCCUCCUUCCUUCCGGGGAGUGCGCUACAUGGACGGGGCCCUCAGCAACAACCAGCCGCAGUACCAGCGCGUGGACACUCUCACCGUCGCCCCCUUCUGCGGCGACUGCGUCAUCUGCCCCCGCGACCGCGCCUUCAGCCUGCACGCCGUGCGCGUGUGCGGGGCCAGCUACCGCGUCAGCCUGCCCAACGUGCGGCGCGUCGCCCGCGUCUUCUUCCCGCCGCAGUUCCAGGUCAUGGCUGAGCUCUGCCAGGACGGGUACAAAGAUGGUCUUCAGUUCCUCAAAGAGCACCACCUCCUGGGACCUGACAGUCUGCCUGCUGAGCUGUCCUCCCCCGGUGAGGAGGAGGGCUCCGAGCCUGCCGGUUGCUGUGGUGACGAGAAUGACGCGUUGCAGUCCUGGACCAAUGAAAUGGAGUCCUCGAUGUCGCCGGUUGGCCACUGGUGGCUGGACAAACGGACCAUCGACUGCCUGCCAGAGUCCAUUAGGAAAGUGCUGUGUGAGGCGUGUAGGGAGAAGCACAGCCUCUACUCUGGGGUGACCGAGCUGUUCCCUGUGCGCAUGGCCUCCUACAUACUGCUGCCCUACACCCUCCCUGUGCAGUCUGCGUACUGCAUGGCCCAGAGGUUGGUGCGGUUGGUACCAGUGGUGGUAGACUCAGCGCAGUGGCUGUUGAAGAUGUGUGGGGACCUCUACAGGCAGACCUGGAAAGCAGAGAGCCUGGAGGAUGUCAGUGAGGCCCCUCUCCUCCGGGACCGCUCGCCUGCCCGGGACCGCUCACUGAGAGAGGACGACCCGCCCCUGCCUCUCACCCCACCCCCGACCCCGCCCCCGACUCCGCCCCGUCGCCGGGCAGCAGAAACCACGGAAACCCCGGAAUCCCCGGAAUCCAGCGACUUCGUUUCCAUGACGGCUGUGGAGACAGCCCCCCCACCCCCACCCACAGCCACAAACCACACCUGGGCGCUGUGUGUCACAUGGGCUGUGGGGUUGCUGAGUCCUGUCACCCUUGACCCCACCUUGUGACACCCCUCCCGCCCCCCCACACACCUCUCCUGACAGAACUGAACUGGCUGUGAAGCACUUAUAACCCCUUUCAUCACCAUGGAAACGGGGGGGAAAUGCACAAAUAAAGGACUGACCUCUUGCA